AUGGCGGCGUCUAGUGAUUCUGCAGCAGAAACUUCCGUUAACGGAGGAUGCAAUAACCUGAGCCUCCCUUCCAUCAUGUCUUCUUUUUAUCCAAUCACCCUCAAGUUUAUAGAUGUUUGCUAUAGAGUAAAGGCGGAGUCGGAGAGCAAAAAACCAAGAGGCAGCAGCAUAAAGAAGAUAUUUUCCGGUGGGCCGACUUCAUCGUCCGAUGUGGAGAAUCCGGCGGAAAUGAUUCGGGAACGGACUAUUUUGAAUGGGAUUACAGGUACGGUGGUGCCGGGACAACUCUUAGCCAUCCUCGGUCCCUCCGGCAGCGGCAAAUCGACACUUUUGAAUGCUCUGGCAGGUCGGCUACACCACGGCCGCGGUCUCACCGGAACAAUAAUCUGUAACGACCAGAAAUUCACAAAGCCAAUUCUGGAGAGAACUGGUUUUGUAGCCCAAGAUGAUGUUCUCUACCCCCAUUUAACAGUCCGAGAAACACUAAUUUUCUGCUCACUUCUCAGACUGCCCAAUUCAUUAUCAAAGAAGGAGAAAAUUUCUAUAACCGAAUCAGUGAUUUCUGAACUGGGUUUAGCGAAAUGUGAAAAUACAGUGGUAGGGAACAGCUUUUUACGUGGGAUUUCUGGUGGGGAGAGAAAGAGGGUAAGUAUAGGACACGAAAUGCUGAUAAACCCUAGUUUGUUGAUUCUCGACGAGCCAACUUCGGGUCUGGACUCCACAGCGGCGUUUCGGCUGGUGGUGACGCUGGCGGCUCUGGCGAAAAAGGGGAAGACGUUGGUGAUGUCGGUACACCAGCCAUCGAGUCGCGUUUACCAGAUGUUUGACUCCGUGCUGGUGUUGUCUGAGGGGAGGUGCAUAUAUUUUGGAAAGGGCGAUGAAGCCAUGAGUUAUUUUGAGUCUAUCGGGUUUUCGCAAUCUUUCGCCAUGAAUCCUGCUGAGUUCAUGCUUGAUCUCGCUAAUGGUUAG